CUCCCUCCUCUCUAGUAGCAUAGUGUUGUAGCAUAGUUGUCAGUGUUGUAGUUCAGGCAGCUUCAUUAUUCUGUGGAGGGACUAAACAGGGAAGAAUAGUCCUGAAAACAAACGGAGACUGACAAUCGGAAACAGAAGAACUAUAAAAUGGGUGAAGUGGACUCAAGCACGCUCUGCCUCUUCGACGUUGAUGGUACAUUGACAGCUGCGAGACAGCGAGUGACUCCUGAAAUGUCCGAGUUUCUCCAGAAGCUGAGGACUCGUGUUCGAGUUGGAGUGGUCGGGGGGUCGGACCUCAGCAAGAUCAAAGAACAGCUGGGAGAGGAUGUCAUCCAGAGAGUUGACUAUGUGUUUGCUGAGAACGGUCUGGAGGCCUAUAAAGAUGGAGAGUUUCUCUCUGUCCAGUCCAUUCAGGCUCACAUGGGAGAAGAGCUGCUGCAGGAUUUCAUCAACUUCUGUCUCAACUACAUGGCCAAGAUCAAGCUGCCUAAAAAGAGGGGUACAUUCAUUGAAUUUCGUAACGGCAUGUUGAACGUCUCACCCAUCGGACGCAGCUGCACGCAGGAAGAGAGGAAAGAAUUUUUCGAACUUGACAAGAAAGAGAAAAUCAGAGAGAAGUUUGUGGCAGUGUUAAAGGAGGAGUUUAAAGGAAAAGGAUUAUCGUUUUCAAUCGGAGGGCAGAUCAGCUUCGACGUGUUUCCUGAUGGCUGGGAUAAGAGGUUCUGUCUGGGGAUCGUCGAGAAGGACAACUACUCAGUCAUUCACUUCUUUGGAGACAAAACCAAGCCUGGAGGAAACGACUACGAGAUCUACAGCGACCCUCGGACCAUCGGACAUGAAGUCUCCAGUCCAGAAGAAACACAGAGACUGUGUGAAGAACUUUUCUUCUCCUGAAGAAGAAAAAUCAAACUGCUCUUUUCUACUGUUACAAAGCAGAUCUGUUUGAUAAAGAGUCCGUCUAAAAAGAAUUUGAGGCACACAGAGGAGGAUUAUUAAUGCCACAGGAUUUACCGUCAUGAGUCUGCUAUGAAGGAGGAAGGAUUCUGGAUAUUUUCCCUGGCUUUGAUUAGGAGCUGUCAUGGGUUUUAGUGUGAAUAAUGUUUUUAAAAUGAGCUUAUGUAUCAGCUGUGCCACAGUACGAGAGGAGUCAAACAAACAGACACUAAAUAAUGCAUCAUUCACUGGUACUCAGAUUAAUUUUGUCUGUAGUACAUCUCAUCCCAUCCGAUGUUUCUGACAUCAGUGUGGGGUUUUUAUUGACCGAGCCGGUUUCAUGUUACUGUCCGUGUCACUCAGAGAUUUCAAUGCAGCUUUGAUUUUUCUCAGAGAAGUAUUUUUAUUCAAAUGUUGUCACUUCUUCUUUUCUUUGGAGUUUGUUUCAAAGUCUUCACACAAUUUUUAUUCACUUUAUAAUCACAUUUGUCCUUUUAUGACACCUAAAAGCUGAAAAUGAGAAGUAUACAGAGCUAAUCAGUGCAGUUCAUUCAGAAAGUAUUCAGGCUGCAAAUGUGCCAAAGGUGCUUCAACUAAGUACUGAGUGAAGGGCCUGAAUAAUGUCAAUGUGAUUAUUCAGUUUUUUAUUUUUCAUGAAGUUGCAAAAAAAUUGUAAAUUUUUGCUUGUUGUGAUGGGGUACUGAGUUUAGAUUAAUUGAGAUUAAUCUCCCCCGGCAAUCUUAUUAAUGACCAGCAGGGGGCGAUGAGUCAGGGAGCAAAGAUGGUCCUAAAUGCACAGAAAAAGAUGAAAUAGGGGCCUUUCUGACAUUGAUUUGUUGUCAACAGAUUCUCUGAGUGUUUGGUCUCAGUUUAGUUUCAAGUCUUCUUUACUUCAGUGUGAUUAUUUCUUCACUGAGUCUCAUGUUACAGCUGCAACAACAUUUUAUGUACAAUCUUAAAUGCCGUUUGACUUUUUCCUCUUGAUUUUCUUUUAAAUGUUACCGAAAAAUAACGUCCACAGUAGUUCAAUAGAAGCAUCUUUAUAAAAUAUGCAAACAUUCCUGCAGAGUUGCAGCAGGGGUGUGUAAAGUCUGGUAAAGUUGUUUGUAAAUGGGUAGCACUGAAAAGACUUGAAUCAUAAUCAUGUAUAAAACCAGCUGUAAAGAGAACCAAUUAAAAAAACGGGAACAAU